GGACGGCUGCGAUGUGCUCCUUGGCCCCGUUAUCCGAUUCCGCGAGCCGACGAUCUCAUCGACCAACUUCGUGGGGCCAGGAUUUUUACAAGAUUGAUCUACGAGGAGGUUACAAUCGGUUUCGUGUCGCCGAAGCUGGUAUUUCGAAGACUGCCUUUCGAACCCGUUAUGGAAGUUACGAGUAUACAGUGAUGCUGUUUGGGCUGACAAACACACCCUCAACUUUUCAACUGACCAUGAACGAAGUCUUCCGCUCGCUACUGGACAAGUGCGUCAUCGUCUACCUAGAUGACAUCCUGGUUUACAGCACAUCUCAGGAACAACAUUUGACGGACCUGGAAGCCGUUUUUACCCUCUGCCAUCACCAUCAACUCAUCAUCACGGGCUCUGAGUGCGAGUUCUUAAAAGAGGAGCUGGAAUUCCUGGGCCACGUCAUCUCCACCGAAGGCGUUAAAAUCGACCCGAAGAAAAUCGACACUAUUCGCAACUGGGAGCUGCCUACGAACGUAAAGGAGUUGCAGAUUUUUAUGGGUUC